AUGUCUUAUAAUUCAUCUGAAGCCAAGCGAGAAAUGCUUGCCGAGUGCCGUAAAUGCUAUUACAAUGAUCAAUACACGUUGGCUAAAAUCGAUGAGUUUGAACACACUUAUCGCUCGGCUGAUGCUAUUCUUUGGUAUACAAAAUCUUGUUUUCUCCAUCGUCUUAUUAACAGAGUUUUACGAACUGAAGAUAAUCUCGUUGUAUACAAAUUCCGUUACUUUAUUAUUGAUUUAUGUAUACGUCUCGAAGAGACGACAUUGACAAGUGUUAAUUAUGCUAAAACAUUUCGAGUCUAUCGUGGAUCAAAAAUUAGUCGCGUUGAGGUCGAAAAACUGCAAGUUGAUUCACUAGUCGCAACUAAUGGUUUUUUCUCGUCAUCGCGACAUUUAGAUGUUGCUCAACGAUUUAUCGGCAUCGACCCGGAUACUGGCAUAUCACCAAGUCAUGAUCGUGAGGAUCAGUAUCAGUAUGUUCUGUUUGAAGUGCAUGUUGAUCUGAUGAAUUCACCUGACGUCAUUGUCAGCGAUGUGUCCGAUCAGAGUAUAGUGCCAGAUGAAAAGGAAGUACUAUUUAAUUUAGGCACCACCUUCAUUGUUACGGAUAUUAAUUAUGAUGACAAGCAUCGUGUUUGGUAUAUUCAAAUGAUUGCAUCAUCAGAAGUCGCUUUACUUAGUAAAGAGUAUAAUAGAUAUACUCUCGAACGUACCAUUGAAACAACACCGGCGAUAUCAUUCGGAUAUCUUACAUGCGAAAUUCUUAGUAAUUAUUCAGAAGCUCUGCAUUAUUUACAUGGUCUACUGCGUUCGAAAACGUUUAAUGACGACAAUCGUGCUGGUAUGUACUAUUACUUGGCAUAUGUUUAUCAUUCUAUGGGAAAAUAUGAAGAAGCAAUUGCAUAUUGUCAAUCGGCUCGACUGUUAGAGCGACACAGAUUGCCACAGUCGAAUAUGACUUAUGCUCGUACACUAGACUGUUUAGGCGCAAUAUAUCUAGAAUUUGGACAUCUCGCACGAGCAAUAUAUUUUCUUAGACGAGCCUCAACAAUCUACCAUAGAACCUUACCUAAAAACCAUUAUAUUUUUGGCUUCCAUUAUAAUCAUCUUGCAGAACUCUACCGGCGGAAUGGACAAUAUGAGUCUGCACUUGAGUUGCUCAAGAACACGUUAACAUUGGUCAAAAAGACGUUGCCACCUAAUUAUACAUGUGAAGCACAAACAUUACACAUUAUUGGUUUAGUGCAACGUUCCUUAAACAAUCGCGAGCAAGCAAUCGACUAUUUUAAACAGUCGCUGCAAAUGCGUGUAUCCUUUCAUGGUAAUGAUAAUCCAUAUGUUGCUCGAACAUGCUACGAGCUGAGUGAAUUGUACGCAGAACAAGAUGAUUAUUCGACAGCACUGGAUUAUGCUCAAAGAUCGCUCUGUAUACGAAAGACUAAAUUACCGCGUAAACAUAAAGAGCUCAAACAAUCUCUAGAACUUGUUCAGCGUUUAUCACAGCUAGAUAAUGCUGUUUCAUCGUCGCAGUGA